UGGAGGAGGAGGUGCUGAGAGGUUUCUGAGCCUGGAUUCAUUGUCUCCAGCUCGGUUUGGGGGUGGGAGGGGAGUUGGCUGACCGAGAGAGAGCAGAGGAAACACGCCCUCCCCCCCCCCCCCCUCUAGGGGGGGCAGAGCCAGUGCACAGCAUGAUCCCAGGGAAUCCCCGCUGGAGGCGGCCGGCGAGCUGAGAUGGUGCAGAAACCCAAGAGGAACGGGGAGGCUGGCGCUGGCCCCGGGGAGAAGCGGCUCCGGGUGGGCUUCGUCGGUAUCGAUGGAGGCCCCGAGGCUGCGCUCAGCGCCGGGGCGGACUCCUCCUGUACCCGGGACGGUGCUCUGCUCAUCGCCGGCUCAGAGGGCACCAAACGCGGCAGCAUUCUGGGCAAACCGCGCUCCGGUGGGCGCAAGCGACCCAAAAGGAACGCGUUCUACAGAAAACUGCAGAACUUUAUGUACAAUGUCCUGGAGAGACCCCGGGGAUGGGCAUUCAUCUACCACGCUUAUGUUUUUUUACUAGUCUUCUCUUGUCUGGUGCUGUCAGUUUUCUCCACGAUCAAGGACUAUGAGCAGCGAUCAGAAGGAGCUCUGUAUAUACUGGAAAUCGUGACGAUCGUGGUGUUUGGUGUGGAGUAUAUGGUCCGAAUUUGGUCUGCUGGCUGCUGCUGUCGGUACCGAGGAUGGCGAGGGCGACUGAAGUUUGCACGGAAACCGUUCUGUGUGAUCGAUGUCAUGGUUCUUGUGGCCUCCAUCGCUGUCCUUGCAGCAGGGACACAGGGCAAUGUCUUUGCCACGUCAGCCUUGAGGAGCUUGAGGUUUCUCCAGAUCUUACGGAUGAUCCGUAUGGACCGGAGAGGGGGCACCUGGAAACUGCUGGGAUCGGUCGUCUAUGCACACAGCAAGGAGCUGAUCACUGCUUGGUAUAUUGGCUUCCUGUGCCUCAUUCUCGCCUCUUUCCUGGUCUAUCUCGCCGAGAAAGAUGACAACCAAGAUUUUGCAACGUAUGCGGAUGCCCUCUGGUGGGGUUUGAUCACCCUGACAACCAUUGGAUAUGGAGACAAGUAUCCAGUCACAUGGAAUGGUCGACUCUUGGCUGCGACGUUUACUCUCAUCGGGGUCUCUUUCUUUGCCUUGCCAGCGGGGAUUCUGGGUUCUGGCUUUGCUCUGAAGGUUCAGGAGCAACAUCGACAGAAACACUUUGAGAAGCGGCGGAAUCCCGCGGCUGGUCUCAUCCAGGCUGCCUGGCGAUAUUACUCCACCAGUCUGGGCCGGACAGACCUCCAUGCCACUUGGCAGUGCUUUGAGCAGACGCUAACCGUCCCAAUGUACAGGCUGAUCCCUCCACUCAACCAGCUUGACUUACUACGGAACCUCAAGAGCAAAUCAGGACUCACUUUCAGGAAGGAGACUCUGGAGACCACACCCAGUAAACACAAAUCACGUCGUGAUUCCAUGUGUGGAAUGUGCUGCUCGGGAGAUCCUAGCAACAAGGUCAGCCUGAGGGAGCGGUUUUCCAGCCCUAAGGGCCCCAGCAGCAAAGGGAAAGGUUCCCCUCAGAGCACCGUGCGCCGCUCACCGAGUACAGAGCAGGCCAUCGAGGACAGUCCAGACAAGGUGCACAAAAGCUGGAGCUUCACCGACAGAACACGCUUCAGGCACACCUUCCGGCUGAAAGGAGCAGGCUCACGACAGAACUCCGAGGACCAUUCGAGUCUCCCUGAAGAGGACAUGCCAGACAACAGGAGCUGUCAGUGUGAGUUCAUCACAGAUGACCUCACCCCUGGACUGAAGGUUUCAAUCCGAGCCAUGUGCAUUAUGCGAUUUCUUGUUUCGAAACGGAAGUUCAAGGAGAGUUUGCGGCCGUACGAUGUCAUGGAUGUGAUCGAGCAGUAUUCCGCAGGCCACUUGGACAUGCUCUCCAGAAUCAAAAACCUUCAAUCCAGGAUAGAUAUGAUUGUGGGUCCCCCACCCCCUUCAACUCCCCGGCAUAAGAAGUUAAAGGGAAUCCUCACCACUUCUAAAGAUUCAAUCCAAUACUCUCCUAGAGUCGACCAGAUUGUAGGCCGCGGUCCCCAACUCCAGGAGAAGGACCGCACCAAGAUCCCAACGGAGCCUGAGGUCCCUGAAGACCCGAGUAUGAUGGGACGUCUUGGGAAAAUGGAAAGACAGGUCCAUUCGAUGGAGAAGAAGCUGGAUUUCCUGGUGAACAUAUACAUGCAGCGGAUGGGGAUCCCACAAUCCGAGACCGAGGCAUACUUUAUUUCCAAAGAGCCGGACCCAGCUCCUCCGUACCACAGUCCCGUGGACAACCGGGAGCUCUGCGAGAGGAACACAAGCACCAACAAAAUGUUGCGGUCGUGCAGCCUAACCGCACACAAGACGUACCCUGGACUUGGUGUACCAACGCUGGCUCCGAACGGCUGUCCACCAUCAACCUCAUCCCACCAACACUCAGCCAAUGGCCUGAGCCGGCGGAGCCAUGACACUCUGACCUUCAUGACCUCUCCAGUUGGCGACGGCACCACCUUUGUCAGAAUCCCGCCCCCGCCUUCUGUGUCGCACGAGAAGAUUUCGGGACAUGGUGGCUGCGGUAGGGGAGUGACGGAAUACAGUCGACAUGAUGACCACUGUUGCAAGCGUCAAGAGACUGCAUUGAAAGAAAGAGACAGUGACACCUCCAUCUCCAUUCCAUCCGUGGAUCAUGAAGAGCUGGAACGCUCCUACAGUGGCUUCAGCAUCUCGCAAUCAAAGGAGAACCUGGACAGCGUCAACAAUGCCCCUUAUGGUGGGGUCACGCCCUGGUCAAAGGUCAGACUGUACAUUGCGGAGGGCGAGUCAGACACAGACUCUGAAGCAUGCACCCCAUCUGGCCCUCCACCCAGAUCAGCAACGAGUGAGGGGGCACACUGUGACUUCACAUGGUCCUCAUCCAAAUAGACAAGGCCUCUGUUCAUUCGACGAGCAAAAGUGACACCAAGAAAGAGGUUACGUUCACAAUCACUGAUGAUAACGGUACUUAAUCUUUCUGGCAAAUACAACAGCAGGGUUGAGGAUACAAUUGGGGGAGUGUGGGGUGUGCAGUUGAAGAUUGUGAGCAAGGCUUUCAGGCCUACCAACUGGAAGAUGCUGGGCCCAUGUUGGUUCUCCACGGAUUCCUGAGGUGGCUGCUACUGCCAUGGCCUGAAUCCUCUCCCAUCGAUCCCUCACACCGCAUCAGGUAGAUGUCCUUCUGAAACCACUGGAGCGAUGGCCUGUGGCGCAGGAAGAAACUGGGCCUAGCUCCCAUUUGUCAUCAAGCUUGUGACCAAUGAAUGUAUGUGGAACACCUUCCCAAUGUCACAUGCAGCUGACAAAAAAAAAUGGGGAGAGAGAAAGCGUGACUCCUGGAAAAGGAGAGAACCCCUGGGAAGGUGGGACAUUCAAUAAACACUGAACAAUGCAAGCAUUAAAGUGGGCUGUAACAGAAGGAGCAAGAAUUGGAUUAGGGACAUGAUGGUGUCAGAUUAUUUAUAAAUUAGGAAGGGGAGUUGGGGUAGAGGAAUCCUUGGGGGGUGCAAACAACCCUUGAUGUCAUGCCAUUACUGAGAAAGGCCAGGUUCGGAACAGUGUAAAGCACGUUUUGUUUACUAUUCCUGGAUAUUUUCUCACCAACACCUGCUUAAACUUAAUUUCGUGUUACCCCAAAAUAUUUUAGCUGCUCGGGUUGGCUGAGAAGAUCUUUCUGGGGUUAGGGGAACAUGUCGGGUCAGUGCUAGGAAGGGAUAGGGUGAAAGUGGUGGCAGGCAGUCUCUCCCUUAGUGAGAGUGUUACCUGGCUGGGGCACUAUGUGUAUAUCCUUCAGGGAGUGGACCCCUCCUGUAACCCGCUUUCUGAGUUGAUCCUGAAGCAUUUUGGUCAGAAUCUUAUACUUAACUGAUAUUCAAUGACAUGGACUGAAUCAAGACAAGACCAUUUGGCCCAUUGAAUGCACUGUAUCUGUGCACGUUCUCUCGUUCAUGGCUUCCCCUCACUGCAAGGAGAACUUAGCUCUUUUAGAAUCAUCCUGUUCAUAUCUUCUAACUCUCAAUCCCCUUUUUAAAACAGAUUUGGCUCUCAUAUUAUAGAUGUAAUUUGACUUUCAAUCAAUCCUCCCUCAGUCUUUUCUCCAGUGCCUUGUUCCCACAGUUUGAGUAGCAAGUGAGUGCGUUGAUGGAUUUGAUCCCUACACAGGCCAAGCGUGCAUCUUCAAAAUGAGAGAGCACUUUUAAGUUGUGUCCAUCACUCUGUUACCCUGAAACCUGCCUUGCUGUACACCACAGAGUGAACAUUCCACUUGGCUGUGGGAAUUUAAACCAGGCCUUAUCUACACCUUAAGGGAAACCAAACAGGCCUCAGGUACCUCUGAGCCAAAAGACUUGGGUUUCAAAUCCCACUGCAGGAUCAGAACAAAAACAACCAGAGCUCACACUUCAGUUCUCUGUGAU